GGCGGCAGCAUGGGCGGCGCCCGGGACGUGGGCUGGGUGGCGGCGGGCCUGGUCCUCGGGGCCGGCGCCUGCUACUGCAUUUACCGGCUGACGCGGGGCCAGCGGCGAGUCGGCCGCGGGCCCCGGCUGCGCCCCUCGCCGUCCGCAGAAGACUUAACAGAUGGUUCAUAUGAUGAAGUCCUGAAUGCUGAACAACUUCAGAAACUCCUUUACCUGCUCGAGUCAACUGAGGAUUCUGUAAUUAUUGAAAGAGCUUUGGUCACUCUGGGUAACAACGCAGCCUUUUCAGCUAACCAAGCCAUUAUUCGUGAAUUGGGUGGUAUUCCAAUUGUUGGAGACAUGAUCAGCAACCCCAACCACAGUAUUAAAGAGAAAGCCUUAAACGCACUAAAUAACCUGAGUGUGAAUGUUGAAAAUCAAGACAUCAUAAAGAUAUACAUCAAUCAAGUCUGUGAGGAUGUGUUCUCGGAUCCCCUAAACUCUGCUGUGCAAAUGGCCGGACUGAGAUUGUUAACAAACAUGACUGUCACCAAUGACCACCAGCAUAUGCUUAACAGUUACAUUACAGACUUUUUCCAUGUGUUACUUACUGGAAAUGGAAACACCAAGGUUCAAGUUUUGAAACUGCUUUUGAAUUUGUCUGAAAACCCAGCCAUGGCAGAAGGACUAUUCGGUGCCCAAGUGGAUUCAUCAUUCCUUUCCCUUUAUGACAGCCGCGUAGCAAAGGAGAUUCUUCUUCGAGCGCUUACACUGUUUCAGAAUUUAAAUAACUGCGUCAAGAAGGAUGGUCAUUUAGUUCUUAGGUCCACUUCCACCUUUCAUAAAGGUUCCUUGUUUUUUCUGUUAUAUGGAGAAGAAUGUGCCCAGAAAAUGAGAGCUUUAGCUAAUCACCCUGAUGUGGAUGUGAAGGAAAAAGUUGUAAUAAUAACGUAAUUCUGACGGGCCAUGUUUCCAGAGUGAUAGAAUUUGGAAGUAGUAUACAUUAUAAACGUAUACAAUUUCCUUAUAAAGCAAAGGGAAUCUUUCAGCUGUUGAAUUUAAAUAGUAGAUAUCAUGUUUCAUCAUUAACACAGCUAUAACUUGCCAUGGUCUCCAAGUUUAUUUUGGAUCAUUUUAUUGAUACCAAGUGAUUAGUGCUUCUACUGAAAACAUUUCUUUUGAUUUUGUCUAGAUUGAGAUAUUUUAGUUAUUGCCUGUAUAUGAAGUGACAGUGACUUUUUUUUUUGCAUAAACUGCCCUUAUACCUUUUGCAGUUAUUUGCAGCUAAGAGGGCAACCGCAUGUGUGCAGAGUAGAACUGCUCCAUAGGUUUUCAAGGCCGUGACCUUUUGGAAGCAAAUCCCCAGGCUGUCUUCUGAGGCACCUUUUGGUGGAUUUGAACCACCAGCCUUUCAGCUAGUAGGUGAGCACUGAACCAUACGUGCCACCCAGGGACUCUUAAGAGGACAGUAGUAUGUCAUUACUGCAUUGUUUUAGAACAGCCAUGGAAAUGGCACCAUUCUUUUAGUAGUGAUGAGAUCCUGAGUCCUCAAGUCUAACUGCCAACCCAGCCAUUCUGCUUUCACAAAUCUAUUCCAAUCGUUCGUGCUUCUAGUCAAUGAAAAAUGUAAACUUUUAGGAGAAAGUAUUUCCUAGUGCUUGACCACUCCCAUUCAAUGUGUCAGUAUGUAAAGAUGUUAUGCAUAAAAUACCAGGAUUGAUGAAAAUAUCUACCCAUAGACAAUUAAGUAAAUUAGUUUUUCUGUUCUUAAAAGGAAUGAAGUGGCUCUGAUGUGCUGAUGUGGAAAGAUAUCCAUGAAAUAUAGUUGUUUUUUAAAAUACGUUGACAGAAAAUAUAUGAGAUCCCAUUUGUGGUUUUUUAAAUGAAAAAUAUCUAUGUUUAUGUAUACACAGAACACUUCCAGAAUGACACACACAAGCUCCUGGGGUGAGACUGGGGAGUGGGGAAAUGACUUCUCUGUAUACACUCUGUUCUACUGUUUGAAUUUUUUACUAUGAGCAUAAAUUUUAAAGUAAUUUUUUUAAAUAAAGGGGAAAAAAUCACAAGGUUAUGGUUAUUUUCUUUCCCUUAAUUGGUAGUACUUUAUUCAUUUUCAUCCAUAUUUUACUUGACUAAAAUUCUAUGAAAAUAUUUCAACAAUUAACUUUCUUAAUAUUUUUAUUUCAUAAGCUACUAUAACAAUUUAUUGAUAUAUUUGAAUUCAGCCAGGAUUUAAAGUUCAUAACCCUCACCAUGCUUACUUAGCAAUAAGUAAAUCAAUAUGCAAGCAAAAACUUUGCCACUUAUGUAUUUAUGGCAAAGCUUUAGAAUAUUUUUAAAUCUCAUUUGUAAAUACAUGGAUACAAGACUGUUUCCACAGGAAGUCACAAAUCCUUCAACAGAAAAAUAUGUAUUCUCAGGGUUAUCCUGAUAUAGAAAUCAUACUUUGAGGGAAUAUUUCACAGUAUAAAAAGUUUCAAUAUAAGGUGAAAAUUGAAAAUUCCCAAGGGGGUAGAGUAGUAAAGUACACGAUGGCUAAGAAGAAUAUUUUUAUGUAUCGGUGUUGGAAACAGAAGUAUUAAUUCCCUGAAAGGCACAUUUCUUUAUAACAGUUCUUGUUUGUUUGUUUUAAGUCUGCCUCCUUAUUUAAUGAAAAUAUGUAUUCAAAAUGUGUACACACUGAAAACCAGAAUUGGCCUUCUAUGUGCCUUGGCAGCAUUGGAUUCUAAAACUCCCAUCUCUUUUCCUCUCUCCUCAUCAUUAGUUUGAGUGGAAUCAUUCACAUAUCACAUUUUCUAAGGAUCAGAGCAUUGAGUCUAAAAUGUCAAAAUGCUGGAUUUGAAAAAAAUAAUUUUUAAGUACCCAAAAAGAAUUACACAGUGGAAACGCACAAGUAGGUCCUUAAAUAUAUCAAUGUAGGUCGUGGCACACCUUGGCUUUUAUUAGGCGGGACUUUUUACUAAUUGAUGGACUCACCCUCUUGGGCAAUAAGACAUAAAGUGUCCUCAGUUACUGUAAGGAGAAAUAAAAUCUUUAAUAUCCUGCAUAUCGAUUAUGGAUGCUAGAUAAUCAAAGAAAAUGAAAUUGACUUAGAGGACAAGACAGACGGAAAAAAAAAAAAAACCCA